GGAAGCUCAAAGAGUUCUAGAGUGGAGGCAAAAGUUUAGUCAGAGCCACUCUGCGGGUCUUAGUGGUGCCACCAUGUCCUCAUCCACAUCAGGAAGUUGCUUUUCAUUAGACGACAGUCCAACGUAUGAGAUGCAGGGAUAUCAACCACCAAACCUUCCUAGCAAUGGCCACCACUGUUUUGUAAGAGAUUCAGCAAUUAGCCAAUCAGAUGAAAGCUUGGAUGAUGAUAAAGACCCCCAAGAAGUGGCAGGAUCUGAUAAUACACUCAUCACAAGAUCAGCGCCACUUAUCCUGACAAAAGAUAUCUAUAGUGCCUGCAAUGCAAUUAAAUUUAUCUGUCACCAGACAAGAAAUAAAGAAGAUUACAACAUGGUUCUGGAUGAUUGGAAGUUCCUGGCAGCCGUCAUCGAUCGACUUCUUAUGAUCAUCUUUGUCCUGGUUUCCCUCAGUGGAACUCUGGGUGUCCUCUUGAAUGCUCCUAACGUUUUUGGAAUGGAGAACUAA